CCCUGUUCCCCAGUCGGCGCACGCGGCUCCCGUCACUCGAACGCGCGGUGGCGGCGGUGGCGGCGGUGGCGGCGGCGGCGGUGGCGACACGAAGAUGGCGGAGUCUGGGGGCAGCGGCGGCAGCGCGGGCCCGGGCCAGGAGCGCCCGAGCAGCAUGGCGGAUAGGCACGGGGCCCUCAAGUGCACCUUUUCAGCACCCAGCCACAGUGCCAGCCUCCUGCAGGGUCUGGCUGCCCUCCGUGCCCAGGGCCAGCUGCUGGAUGUUGUGCUCACCAUCAACAGGGAGGCCUUCCAUGCACACAAGGUAGUCCUGGCUGCUUGCAGUGACUACUUCCGGGCCAUGUUCACAGGCGGCAUGCGGGAGGCGAGCCAAGACGUCAUUGAGCUAAAGGGUGUGUCAGCCCGUGGCCUGCGGCAUAUCAUUGACUUCGCCUAUAGUGCUGAGGUGACACUGGACCUGGAUUGCGUGCAGGACGUGCUGGGUGCCGCCGUGUUCCUGCAGAUGCUGCCAGUGGUGGAACUGUGCGAGGAGUUCCUCAAGGCAGCCAUGAGCGUGGAGACCUGUCUGCACAUCGGCCAGAUGGCCACAGCUUUCAGCCUGGCCUCACUGCGUGAGUCAGUGGACGCCUUCACCUUCCGACACUUCCUGCAGAUUGCCGAGGAGGAGGACUUCCUGCGCCUGCCACUCGAGCGCCUGGUCUUUUUCUUGCAGAGCAACAGACUGCAGAGCUGUGCCGAGAUUGACCUGUUCCGUGCUGCCGUCCGUUGGCUGCAGCACGACCCGGCCCGGCGGCCACGUGCCAGCCAUGUGCUGUGCCACAUCCGCUUCCCGCUCAUGCAGUCCUCAGAGCUGGUGGACAGUGUGCAGACACUGGACAUCAUGGUGGAGGAUGUGCUGUGCCGCCAGUACCUGCUGGAGGCCUUCAACUACCAGGUGCUGCCCUUCCGCCAGCAUGAGAUGCAGUCACCACGCACGGCCGUGCGUUCUGAUGUGCCCUCACUGGUCACCUUUGGCGGCACACCCUACACUGACAGUGACCGCUGUGUCAGCAGCAAGGUGUUCCAGCUGCCUGAGCCAGGUGCCCGGCACUUCCGGGAGCUUACGGAGAUGGAGGUGGGCUGCAGCCACACGUGUGUGGCUGUGCUGGACAACUUCGUGUAUGUGGCUGGUGGCCAGCACUUACAGUACCGCAGUGGAGAGGGUGCUGUGGAUGCCUGCUACCGGUAUGACCCACACCUGAACCGCUGGCUGCGGCUGCAGGCCAUGCAGGAGAGCCGCAUCCAGUUUCAGCUGAACGUGCUGGGCGGCCUGGUGUACGCCACAGGUGGCCGCAACCGUGCUGGCAGCCUGGCCUCCGUGGAACGCUACUGUCCGAGGCGCAACGAGUGGGGCUACGCCUGUUCGCUUAAGCGCCGCACCUGGGGCCAUGCAGGUGCUGCCUCAGGGGGCCGCCUCUACAUCUCGGGGGGCUAUGGCAUCUCAGUAGAGGACAAGAAGGCGCUGCACUGCUAUGACCCCGUGACAGAUCAGUGGGAGUUCAAGGCACCCAUGAGUGAGCCACGCGUGCUGCACGCCAUGGUGGGCACUGGAGGCCGCAUCUAUGCUCUGGGGGGCCGCAUGGAUCAUGUGGACCGCUGCUUUGACGUGCUGGCUGCUGAGUACUACAUGCCCGAGGCGGACCAGUGGACCAGCGUGACACCCAUGCGGGCUGGCCAGUCGGAGGCUGGUUGCUGCCUGCUGGAGCACAAGAUCUACAUCGUGGGCGGCUACAACUGGCGCCUCAACAACGUCACAGGCCUGGUGCAGGUGUACAACACUGAGACGGACGAGUGGGAGCGGGACCUGCACUUCCCCGAGUCCUUCGCCGGCAUUGCCUGCGCACCCGUGCUGCUGCCCCGGGCUGGGACCAGGAGGUAGUGCUGAAGCCUGGGGCACCGCUCAGCCAGAGAAUGGAGGAGCCUCCUCCCGCCCCCCCCCACAUCCCGAUCCCAGCUGGACGCCUUGAGUGCUCCCCAGGUGGCUGCUUGGCACCCUGGGGGCACCCUGAGGGCCCUGCCCUGCUACCUGCCCUCCCCACCCAGCCCCAGUCCAUCUCCUGAGUGCCCGUGCUUCCAAUGUGCCCACCCCACAGGACUGGCUCUGCUCGCAGGUGGGACUCUCAGAGGCACCCUAGUACCUAGACCACCAUGGCCCCUGCAAACGGAGGUGGGGGUUCCCCAGCCCUGCCCUGGCCAGCUGGGCUGCACAGGCCAGUGAGCUCACUCCCUGCUCCCUCAGAGGGGCUGUGGCUUCCCAGCCACAUUUGUCUUGAGCUCCUAGCCCCGAAAGCUCCCCUCUCUGUUGUGUUUCACUUUCUGUUUUUCUAAGGAGGCAGCACUGCUGUCUUUGAAAUGAGAUUUGCUCUCUAGGGGCAGCUUAAAGUGUCUCUGCGGCUGCUCGCAGACGAUGGAUGUGGUGUCCACGCGACCUGAGCACCGUGUAAAGGAUUAACCUCUGCCGCCACCGCUGCCAGUGUCCCCUUUGUGUCACCCUGUGUUUAAUAAAAUCAAGCCAGCGGCACGCUGAGCCUGGGCCCGAGGUAUCUUCGCCUAUCUGGGUCCUCCCCAGCAGCGCAGGGCACUGAGGCUGCUCCUGCUUGGAUUAUGGUGUCGUCUGCCAGGGUCGCCCUAGGCAACAAGGGGCACCCUUGAGCACUAGGGAGUCUCCAGCCCCAGCUGCAGGUCCAUCUCAGAUCCAAGUGCUGACUGUGGGGCCACAGGGUAGGGACAAGGCCCAGCCUCUUGGGAGUGUGCCCAUCAGCCUCACUUGGAGUCCCAAUCUCCCAGAGUCCCAAAGGUUGUGCCCACUUGGCUGCCCCCAGGGACGACCUGCCCAACAUCCCUAAGAACUCCAGACCUGGCCCAAGCUGCAGGGAUCCCUGGGUCCUUACCCGGAGCCUCAGCCCCCCUGCACGGUCCCCCUAGAGUGGCUUCCUACCACAGCCGGGCUGCUGGGUGAGGGGCCUCUGCCAGCUUCGAGGCCCAUCAGCUCACACCUUGGAACAGCUUGUCCCUGCCAAGCUGGCAGGGGUGCUGGCCUGGUGGGGGUACCGCCCCAGCAGUGGAAUGUCCCCAGCCCCCGCCCCGCCCCCGGAAGAAAGGAAAAUUAUUUUUCGUAUUGUAAACUUUAAACACGAAAAAGCUGUUUUUAAUUUAGCAGAAA